UCCAACCCUCAUAUAUUUAAUAGUGGGCCCCAGGCUGCCACAAUUUGCAUCUCUGUGACGCCAGUACCGCCACAGGCCGAGGCGGACGUGCAAACACCGCCAAAACCGGCUCUGUGCAUAAACAGUGGGGCUACGCCACCGGCCGUCGCCAGUCGCCUACACCCUCCCCGUCGAGAGGGAGCGUCGCGCAGCGCGGAGCACGUUCUGUGACGUCAUACCGAGAAUUUACGCUACUGAGACAGGCAGAAGAACGGUAGAAGAGUGAGGAGGCUGGAGGACUUGAGUUAGGAGGGUGACGGUGUGCGAGAAGGGACUAGAGAGACGUAUUCGUGAGCGCAGUGUUCGCAGCGUGAAAGGUGCCUUACGGUGAGGUUUCUCUGACUGGGCUCUGCAAGGUCGUCCGUCGCUUCAUCUCUGUGGACGCAGCUCGUGGUAGAGAAAAGUGCGCUUCACUUAUCGCGUGCCACGUUGUCCUCAGCCACGAUGCGCCUCCUGCUGAGCACCUUCGUGGUGCUCUCUGUCGUCUUUACUGCCCGAUCACAGUGUCUUUCUGAAGACGACAGCAUCUCCAACAUCACCGUCGCGCGUGAUGCCUACGUUCGUGGCGCGCACGACUUCAGCUUGCGCCUGUUCCAGUCACUCUACUUCGGCGCGGAGACAGAGCAACGCAACCUCUUCUUCUCACCUCACUCGCUGUGGAGCGCGUUGACUCUCGCCUACAUCGGUGCGGAAGGCGUCACGAAAGAAGCGAUGGCCGAGGCAAUGGGUGUGACCAAUAUCACGAAGGCUGAAGUCGUGGCAGCGUUCCGUGAUAUCACGGACAAAGAUCGCCCGGCCGAAGGAUGGCAGCCGGGUGAUCCAGAAGAACGACCCAACACGCUUCGGGUCGCUAACAGGCUCUACUUUGAUCGCACCGAGAACAUCAGAGAAUGCUUGAAAGAGCUGCUUCCUGGAGAGCUUGAGCUGCUUGACUUCUUGCAUGCUAGCGAAGAGGCGAGACUGUCCAUCAACUCCUGGGUGGAGACGCUGACUGCGGACAGGAUUCAGGAUCUCAUCCCUUCAGGAGCCGUGGAUGCUCGCACGAGGAUCGUGUUGGCCAACGCAGCCUACUUCAAGGGCACGUGGCUGUCGAAAUUCAAGCCGCAAGACACAGGACUGGAGCUGUUUUACUCGUCAGAUAAGGACUUCACCUUUGUCAACAUGAUGAGUCAGAAGGGGAAGUUCAACUUCAUGGUGUCGGAAGAGUUGCAGGCGCACAUCCUGGAGCUGCCCUACCUGGGCAAGAACGUCACCAUGUAUGUACUGCUGCCUCCCUUCGUGGAUGGAGCUCUGGACCACACCGUGCAGAAGCUGACACCUGAGAACUUUCAGAGCGCCAUUCGCCGCAUGUAUCCGGUUGAGAUACGUCUCAAGGUUCCCAAGUUCCGUGUAGAGGAGAACUACGAAAUGAGCGAGAAACUGAGCGAGCUUGGCUUCGAGAACCUCUUCAACGCCUCGUACUCAGACCUCAGCGGCUUCUCAAACUCUGCAGGUCUGGCGCUGGACGCUGCCCUCCACAAGUCCUUCUUGGAGAUCAACGAAGAGGGUGCGGAAGCUGCAGCUGCAACGGCACUGAUCAUCAACCGCUCUGGAAGACCCAAGCGUCCGAGGCAGUUCAUCUGUAACCAUCCGUUCAUGUACGUCAUCUAUGACAAGCAGACCCAGAGCAUGCUGUUCAUGGGCACGUUCGAGCACCCGAAUGCCGCCUCCCUCUUCCUUGGAAAGAAGGUGUGAACGUUGAAGCAGCAAGAGCGAAUGAGGGGUCAACGGGUGAAGAAAUGAAUAACGGUCAUGCGUGAAUCACUGCGUGUUUUGUGUAGAAAUAUGCACCAAUCUUAGGUGUUGUUUUUAUCCGCUGGGACUGAGAGCGUGAGAUGAUGUUUUUCGUACUCCAGCGUAGAUGGGUAGCCAUUCGGCUUCCACGGUUGACAGUGAUGACAUCCGUCAUCUUUUGCAAACUCGUUAAAGAUUUGGGCUGUACGGGGAUUCGAACCCCGGGGAUUUGAACACGGGGAUUCGAACAAAUAUGCACCAACCAGUUCAACGGGCUGCUAGAUAAACACUGCAGCGUUUCGUUGUCUUCAAAGAAGGGUGUCAUUAAAAAUUGGGUCAUUACCAAUAGUGAUCUGACAUAAUGAUAACAAUGUGUGUUUACGACGAGGUCACCUGAGGCAAAAAUGAUAUGAUGUCUUCUGGCAUGUCAUAUCGUUGCUGUCUGCCCCUACAUAUGUAGGUAUCAAAACAAUCUCCCUUGCGAUAUUGCUGAACCACUAGCGACAGUGCAGACCCGAGUGUAGAUUGGACUUUUUGACGGCGAUGACAUUCUUUACACAAAUGAAUACUCUUUUCAUACCGCAUUUGAUGACUUUGCUACUGGCCACGGUAAUGCAAGUGCUGCUUGUCUUGUAAAUGUAUGAUGCGUGUGCCAGAGGAAAAAUGUCCGUUUAGAGUGACGAUGGCGGGUCAAUACAAAACAUUAGAAUAUA